AUGGAAGCUGCUCCUAUAGCGGCCGCUCUGCCCAUUGCCUCUACUCAGCCUCUUGCCGGGGAGCCAGGGCAGAGGCCGGGUGGGAUGGAGCGGGACAGCGGGGCGACUUCUCCGACGGCCAGCGGGCUGGGGCUGGGGGCCGGCCAGCGGGAGCAAGCAGCAGCGGCCGGCGGCUGGGAGACGCCGGAGCCCGGCCAGAGCCCUCUCCAGCAGUCGCUGAGCGGAUCCCAGAGUCUGGAGCAGCGGCUCAAUGAAAUGGGUAUCAGGAAGCAGACAUCGUACAGGAAAGCCAUCUUGAGAUCAGGACUACAGCACCUAGCUCCAGAACAGGCACCCAGUACCAUCCCAAAGAAUGGGCCUACCAGAGAAAUGCGGACCAGCCCUGACUGGACUGAAAAUGCUAUAAAUGGUGACCAUGUUUGGCUGGAGACGAACGUCUCUGGAGAUUACUGCUACCUUGGAGAAGAGAACUGUUUGGUAAAGAUAACGAAGUCAGCUCCGAGGAGAAAGUGUGCUGCUUGCAAAAUAAUUGUGCACACAGUUUGUGUGGAACAGCUGGAGAAGAUCAGUUUCCAUUGCAAGCCAACCUACCGGGAGGGAGGUAGCCGUUCUCUCAGAGAGCAGAGUUUUGUGAGACAUCAUUGGGUUCACAGACGGCGUCAGGAAGGAAAAUGCAAGCAAUGCGGAAAGGGUUUCCAACAGAAGUUUUCCUUCCACAGUAAGGAAAUCAUUGCCAUCAGCUGCUCCUGGUGCAAGCAGGCAUUUCACAAUAAAGUGACAUGUUUCAUGUUGCAUCACAUCGAAGAGCCGUGUUCGCUAGGUGUGCACGCUGCAGUCAUUAUACCCCCGACAUGGAUUAUAAAGGUGAAAAAACCACAGAACUCCUUCAAGUCUUCAAGUAGAAGGAAAAAGAGGACAUCAUUGAAGAGAAAAACCAGCAGGAAAGGAGCAGACGAAAGCAAAUGGAAGCCAUUUAUAAUCAAGCCCAUCUCAUCACCCUUAAUGAAACCACUUCUGGUGUUUGUAAACCCAAAGAGUGGCGGAAACCAGGGGCCUAAGGUGCUCCAGAUGUUCAUGUGGUGGCUAAACCCACGGCAAGUCUUUGACCUCUCACGUGGAGGACCAAGAGAAGCCUUGGAACUGUAUCGAAAGGUCGCAAACCUCCGGAUCCUGGCCUGUGGUGGAGAUGGAACGGUGGGCUGGAUUCUUUCCCUGUUGGACGAACUACAACUCAAUCCCCAGCCUCCAGUCGCAGUGCUUCCACUUGGUACAGGAAACGACCUGGCCCGUACCCUCAACUGGGGAGGGGGGUACACAGAUGAACCAGUUUCAAAGAUUCUCUGCCAUGUAGAGGAGGGCAAUAUAGUCCAAUUGGACCGCUGGAACCUCCAUCUUCAGAAUAACCUCCAGCCUAGCCAAGAUGAUGCUGAAGAAGGCACUCAGAAGCUUCCACUCACUGUGUUUAACAACUACUUCAGCCUGGGUUUUGAUGCCCAUGUGACACUGGAAUUCCAUGAAUCUCGGGAAGCAAAUCCAGAACGAUUUAACAGUCGAUUUAGGAAUAAGAUGUUUUAUGCAGGGGCAGCUUUUUCUGACUUUCUGCAGAGAAGCUCUCGUGAUUUAUCCAAACAUGUCAGAGUGGUGUGUGACGGCACUGAUUUGACACCCAGAAUCCAGGAUCUGAAAUUCCAGUGUAUCGUCUUCCUCAACAUCCCCAGGUAUUGUGCAGGCACAAUGCCUUGGGGUAACCCUGGAGACCAUCGAGACUUUGAACCACAGCGUCAUGAUGAUGGAUGCAUUGAGGUCAUUGGCUUUACGAUGGCAUCUCUGGCUGCACUGCAAGUCGGGGGUCAUGGUGAGCGGCUCCAUCAGUGUCGAGAGGUGAUUCUUACCACUUACAAGACAAUCCCCAUCCAGGUGGAUGGGGAGCCGUGCCGGCUGAGCCCAUCCGUCAUCCGGAUCUCACUAAGGAACCAGGCCAAUAUGGUGCAGAAAUGCAAGCGGAGAACCUCCAUGCCACUAUUGAAUGAUAUCCACAAGGUGCAGCAUGCUGAUCACAGACGGGUCUCUGCUCCUCCUGAUAGCUUCACUCUCCCUCACACUGUCCCUGGUCGGCUGAGGAUCCGGGUGAACAGGAUCAGCCUCCAAGACUAUGAAAGCCCACAAUACAACAAGGAACGGCUACAAGAGACCUCAGUCCCACUGGGAAUUAUUGUCAUUCACGGAGACUGUGACCUAGAGACCUGUCGCAGGUAUAUCGACCGACUACAGGAGGACUUUUACCCACCAACACCCGACGGACAUUGGAUUCAUUACCAGAACAGUGACGCUUCCCAACGCCGAAUGUUGUCUUCGCAGAAUCUUUCUUCCAAAUGGUGCUUCCUAGAUUCAACUUCUCUGGACCGCUUCUACCGCAUUGACAGAGCCCAGGAGCACCUCCACUUUGUAACAGAAGUGGCUCAAGAUGAACUUUUUAUUCUGGAUCCAGAGAUGGUGGCCGUACAGAAAAAUGUGACAUCCCCUGGAAUGCCAGACCUGGUGGUGGAUCCACCGCAAGCCAAUACUGAGCUGUGGAAUGGCUCCAACAGCAAGUGGAUCACAAGUGACAGCUGCGAUUCUGAGUCUGGGAUACAACACCGGUAUCUCGCCAGAGAGACAGAAAGGCUGACCCACCAGAAACUCCGGCCUCCCUCAUCCUCCGAGGAAAAAGAACUUCUUCAUUCAGUCUUAGAGGGUGAUCUGCAAAAGUUCAUAGAGUCCUGCAGUAAGGGAGUGAGUCUGAUGGUGAGCAGCACUGAAGGAUACUCGGUGUUACACUGCGCUGCAAAGAAUGGCCAUAAGGAACUUGUAAAGUACAUCAUUGAACAUGGGCCUCCUGAUUUAUUAGAUGCAGCAGAAAUCAAAACGGGCGAGACAGCACUACACAAAGCAGCAUUCCAUCGGUAUCACACAAUCUGUCGUUUUUUAAUUGAUGCCGGGGCCUCAUUGAUGCAGACUGAUUUCAAGGGCAACACUCCGAGACACAAAGCACAGGAGGCUGGUGAUCUGGAGCUAGCCGCCUACCUGGAGAACCGGCAGCACUACCAGAUGAUGGCACGCGAGGACCUGGAGACAGCAGUCUGA